AUGCAGGCGCCGGUCUACUUGCCAGACGAACUCGUCUCCGACAUCCUGUCUAGGACCCCUGAGAUGUCCGUGUGCCAGUUCCGAUGCGUGUCCAAGGAGUGGCACGCCCUUCUCUCCGACCCAGCCUUCCUCGCCGCGCAGAAGUCCCGCGCCGAGCCGUUUCUCGUGGUGGCCUCCCGUCCCGGCCAGGACAUGCGUCUGGUUAAUAUGGACGGCGAGGUUGUGAGGGUGAUCGAUGGUAUGCGAGGGAUUUGGAUCCCUGCGCCCAUGAGUCCCGACGACGUUGUAUGUGGCAUCGGCUAUCUACAUGACGCUCCUUGUGUCUCCGGGGUGAUUGACCUUGCCACCAUGAAGGUGCUCGUCGCCCGUUUGGAAGGCGACAAAGCCUGGGGCUUCGGUCGUGCCAUCCCAUCUGGCGCGUAUAAGCUGGUGCGCUUUAGAGCCCGCACUAAUUGCGAGGUCUUUACGAUAGGAGAUGGUGCCGGGUGGAGACGGAGGAAAGCACGCCCAUUGCGUCACAGGUACAACUCCCGUGACCGGUACACAGCAGCGGUCAAUGGUAAGUUGUACUUCUUGCCGGAGGAACGGCGGGACAGGAACUCUUUGCUCUGCUUUGACCUCGAGAGCGAGGAAUGGAAAAAGAAUAUUAGAGGCCCACCGAAUGUGGAGAUCUUAUGGCUUAUCGACUUAGGCAAGCUGAACGGCGCUCUGUGCAUAUCUGAACUAAAGGAUUGGAAAACCAACCAUGGAUAUACAAAUAUAUGGCUCUUGACUGAUUCUGAUAAAAGCACAUGGGUCAAGGCGUAUACGGUUACUGAUCUAUUAAGAUCGUCGUACAACAAAGAAAAUUUGUGUACCAGAUCAUCUUGA